GUGAAGUAUAAUCCGAAAACAUUGUAAUCGGUAGUUAAUAUUUGAAAAGUGACCGUAGUUGUCGUGAAAUUUUCUAAUUAUAAGAGUUCUGAUCCUCGGAAUUACGAAUAAAUAUGGAAGAAGCUACUAAAAAAGUUGUGGCCCCAACUGUGGAACAAAUUAACGCCGACAGAAUAAUGCAGUUAGCAACAAAAUAUUGGGCCCCACAUUCGCAAGAAAGACUUCCGUUCGAUGCCCGCAUUAUUGAUGAUAUAUAUUUAGAAGACAUCAGGGGUAGUAAUUAUUCGAUAAGAAAAAUCAUCAUAUUAGAAUUCAGUCAGUACCUGGAGAAUUAUUUAUGGCCAAAUUACAAACCAGGAGCCUCCUAUGCUCAUAUGCUUUCAAUUGUGAUAAUGGUUAAUGAAAAGUUCAGAGAGAGGGUACAGGUAUGGCAAGCAUUUCGAGAAAGCAGUUUAUAUUUCCCCGAACUGUUUCAACAAGUGAUGCAUGGUUGUUUUGAGGAUGAACUGACUUCAAACAUUAGGGAACAAACUGCUCUAUUAGUUUUUUUGAAUCAUUGCUUCAAUAGUUUGGAAGAAUCUAUCUGCAGAGAACAAGUGAAGAAAAUAGUAUCUUUACCUAUGUGGGCAUCUCUCCAAGAAGAAAGGAGAGAAUUGGAAUUCAAAAGAGUCCCAAGGUGGCGAAAAUACUGGAGAGCUAUACAGAAAAAGGACAAAACAGAAAAAGAUUUAGAAAGCCGCAUGUGGGAAAGGACUUUUCUGCAUAAGCUCAUGCUUAAGUUUAUGGAUGUGUUAGACUCCAUUACAGAAACGAGUAUAUAUUUGAAGGAUAGGGUUCAUUACUGUGAAAGGUUCUUAGAGUUAAUGAUUGAUAUAGAAUCCCUGCUACCAACAAGAAGGUUUUUCAAUAUCGUUUUAGAUGAUUGUCACCUAGUCGUUAGGUGUCAACUUUCAGCUCUCAUCAAAAAACCUGAAGGAAGGUUGUUUGCUCAACUCCUUGACACCCUCAAAUUUUAUUCAAAAUUUGAAAUAAAUGAUGAAACUGGUGAUCCUUUGACUGAUCAUGAUAUGACACAAAUUCAUUAUGAUCAAAUUACUUCAUUGCAAAAGGUAGCCUUCACUAAAUUUCCAGAACUCUUAGAUUUCGCACUUGCUAAUGUUGCUAGUGUUGAUACAAGGAAAAGCUUAUCAAAGUAUUUUGGUUCCUUGAAUCAGAAUUGUCUCCAUCUUAUUGCAUCAUAUCUUGGACUAGUUCCUGCUCCAGAUAAAAAAGAAGAAAUUUCUUGGUGUAGAUUCGAUGAGGAAUUUUUAAGAGAGUUAUUAGUUUCCCGCCAUGAGAGGAGGAUAUCUCAAUUAGAAGCACUCAAUGAAAUGCCUUUGUACCCUACUGAAUCUAUCAUUUGGAAUGAGAACAUUGUACCAACAGCUUAUUUCUCAGGUGAAGACUGUUUAGCUUUGCCAAAACUCAAUCUUCAAUUUUUAACAUUACAUGAUUACUUAUUGAGAAACUUUAAUUUAUUUCGUCUGGAAUCAACAUAUGAAAUUAGGCAAGACAUUGAGGAUAGUGUGAGCCGUUUAUGUCCUUGGAAAGCAGAAGAUGGCAGUGUGUACUGGGGUGGAUGGGCAAGAAUGGCACAACCAAUUUUACAUUUUGCUGUGGUGGAAGUGGCAAAACCAAACAUUGGUGAAAAAAGACCAAGUCGAGUUAGAGCUGAUGUUACAGUGAAUUUAGCAUUAAAGCCUGAAAUUAAAGCUGAGUGGGAGAAUUUGAGGAAACAUGAUGUUUGUUUCUUAUUGACGGUCAAACCAAAAAAUCCAAUCGGAACCAAAUACGAUUAUAAAUCCCCCUUCAUUCCACAAGUAGGGCUAGAAUAUGUGAGAGGUUGUGAAAUUGAGGGGAUGCUUGAUAAUAACGGAAGAGUAAUUGAAGAUGGCCCUGAGCCUAAACCCGUUCUACCAGGUGAUAAAAGAACUUAUCGUGUGUGGCUAGAUUGUAAUCAGUACAGAGAUGAUAUGAAUCAAACAAACCAAGGUAGUCCAGAUGUUUAUGAAAGCUUCAAUAUAUUGCUGAGAAGAAAGCCGAAAGAAAAUAACUUCAAGGCAGUCUUGGAAACAAUCAGAGAAUUAAUGAAUACAGAAUGUGUAGUUCCUGACUGGUUGCAUGAUAUAAUAUUAGGUUAUGGGGACCCCAGCGCAGCACACUAUACAAAAAUGCCAAAUCAAAUAUCCACAAUAGAUUUUAACGAUACUUUCAUUGACAUAAGGCAUUUAACUGAUUCAUUUCCAGAUUAUCAAAUUGUUCUGGACAAAAAAAAUUCUUCAGCUCCAGUAGAAUCAAGUGAUAGUCUAGAUAACCUGCCUUACCUUUUCAAAGUUACUUUCAAGGAUCUAGGUGAGGAAAACAAAGAAAAUCCUGAGAAGGAAAUCGUCAUUGAACCUCAUAUUAUCCCAAAAAGAGGACCUUAUCUUUUCAAUGAACCAAAGAAAAACACAAUUCCUUUCACCCCAACCCAAGUAGAAGCUAUAAAAGCUGGUUGUCAGCCAGGUCUAACACUUGUAGUAGGUCCUCCUGGAACUGGAAAAACGGACGUAGCAGUACAGAUUAUUUCAAACAUAUAUCAUAAUUUCCCAAAUCAGAGAACUUUGAUUGUUACACAUUCUAACCAGGCACUCAAUCAACUAUUUGACAAAAUUGUUGCGCUGGAUAUUGACGAGAGGCAUCUGCUACGUUUAGGACAUGGGGAAGAAGCUCUGGAAACUGAGAAAGACUUCAGUAGAUACGGACGUGUGAAUUACGUGUUAGCCAAACGUUUGGACUUACUAGUGGAAGUUCAGAAACUUCAGGAAUCGUUGGAAUGCCAGGGCGACGUAGCUUAUACCUGCGAAACAGCAGGUUAUUUUUACUUAUACCAAGUUCUUUCAAGAUGGGAACAUUAUCAGAGUAUAAUCAAUUCACCGAAGGUAACAUUGGACAAGAUCAAGGAUGAAUUUCCAUUCACAAAAUUUUUCCAAAAUGCCCCUGAGCCACUUUUCAAAGGUAAAUCUAUCGAAGAAGAUUUGGAAAUUGCUGAAAGUUGCUUCAGAUACAUCAAACACAUUUUUGACGAGUUGGAGGAAUUCCGAGCAUUUGAACUACUUAGAUCUGGAUUGGACCGAUCAAAGUAUUUAUUAGUUAAAGAAGCGAAAAUAAUUGCUAUGACAUGUACCCAUGCAGCACUCAAAAGAAAGGAGCUAGUAGAAAUGGGUUUCAAAUAUGAUAACAUAUUGAUGGAAGAAAGUGCUCAAAUUUUAGAAAUCGAAACUUUUAUACCAUUGUUGCUACAAAAUCCUCAGGAUGGUUUUAACAGGCUAAAGAGAUGGAUAAUGAUAGGAGAUCACCACCAAUUGCCUCCUGUUAUAAAAAAUAUGGCUUUUCAAAAAUAUUCCAAUAUGGAACAAAGUUUGUUCACAAGGUUGGUCAGAAUAGGAGUGCCAACUAUUGAAUUGGAUGGGCAAGGAAGAGCUAGGAGCACAAUCUGUAAUUUAUACAGAUGGAGAUAUAAACAACUGGGUGAUUUGCCACACAUUGGUGUAUCACCAGAGUAUCAAGUAGCUAACGCAGGAUUUGCCUACGAUUUCCAACUCAUCGAUGUUCAAGAUUUCAACAACAUAGGGGAAAGUGAACCAAAUCCAUAUUUCUAUCAGAAUUUAGCUGAAGCCGAGUAUUGUGUCGCCGUUUUUAUGUACAUGAGACUUCUUGGUUACCCUGCAUCAAAAAUCACCAUUUUGACAACAUAUAACGGCCAAAAACAUUUAAUAAGAGACGUUGUCAAUACAAGAUGUGCGAACAAUCCAUUGAUUGGAAAACCACAUAAAGUGACUACUGUAGAUAAAUAUCAAGGUCAACAAAAUGAUUACAUUCUGCUGUCUUUGGUCAGAACAAAAGCCGUUGGUCACCUUAGAGAUGUGAGAAGACUUGUGGUAGCCAUGUCCAGAGCUAGAUUAGGUUUAUAUGUAUUUGCGAGAGUAUCACUCUUCCAGAAUUGCUUCGAAUUAACACCUGCAUUCAAACAAUUGACUAGUAGGCCUAAUAAACUUCAUUUAGUUUUAAACGAAGUGUUCCCAACAACUAGAUCUUGUAAAGAUGUUCCAUCGAGUCCUAUGGUAGUUGAUGAUAUGACUCAAAUGGCUAACUUUGUGUAUAAGUAUUACGUUAAUAGGGUGGAACACCUCAAAUCCUUCUACAAAGCAGAUCAGAAAGAGGAGAACGCUGAAGGUGAACGUGAAGAACCAGCACAGAAGAAGCAGAAGAUUGUUGAGGUAGAAGAAUGUGAAAAAGUGAAUUAUCCAGUCCCGAUCGAAGAUGAACCUGUUGAAGAUAUGGAAACUGUUGAAGAUACGGAAACUGUUGAUGCAGAUGAAUAAGAACUGAGAUGAGAGUAGUGAAGGUUUGCAGUUGAGUAAAUCGCUCAUUUUCUUUGGAGGAAGAUAUAUUUUGAAGAGAAAUUUGUACAAACGAAUAGAAAAUAUGGAGAUAUGUUUCUGACUUCAUUGUAAAUAUAAGAACUGAAAUUAUUUGGUGAAUCAUAAAAUAUAAUCAAUUAAAAAGUUACUAUCCAAAACA